AUGAUAACAUCAACAGAAGUUGUACCAAUAUCAUCAGGUUUUUCUCCAAUUCGUUCACAACAUAGUAUUGUUGAUGAACGACAAUUUCAACCGUUUCAACAAGAAAAAUAUCAAGCAUGGACCACAGAAAAUUCUCAAGAACCUUUUAUUUCAAAAUCAACUAUCAUUGAAAGCAAAUCCGAUUCAUUUAAAAAAUAUCUGACAACAAAGUGUAUAAUGUCAUUUCUUAUUGGCUUUAUUAUUUGUGGUAUUCCAUUAGCUGUUAUGUCUGCUUUAUAUGGACAAAAAAAGACAUCAUCUAGUAGCAGUUCAGAUUCUUCAAGUAGUUCUGUUAGUCUUCCAUCACAAUGUACAUCAUAUAUUGCUAAUUCGGAUUCAACACGUCUUACAACUUAUACAAGUUGCCUUAAUUGUUUUUAUGAUACCAGUUCAAGUUUUACAACAGGUUGGUAUAGAUUUAUGAAUACAGCUGGAACUCAAUUAGCUACAACACCUCCCAGUUAUGGAUCAUGUGGUGUUUCAUAUCCAGCUUGGUACAAUGGUACUUUUCCAUCAACUGCAGGUUCAACUGUAACAGGAACUGUUUGUGUACAAUUGAGUGGAAAUUUAUGUCAUUCUUCAUAUAUUACAACGAUUUCUGUAACAAAUUGCAAUGGUUAUUAUGUUUUUUAUUUAAUUCCAAUGACUACUACCAAUAUACGAUACUGUACAACAUUUUAA